AGUCGUAGAUCGUUGUUGAUAAAUUAAAUCUAAUAUGUACAGUUGGGUAUUAUCCGCCUCCAUGUCUGAAAAACGCCGUCCGUCUCAUUGCGCUGGCCUGUUCCUCAACUCCCCCUCUUCUUCUCUCAGCAGUUUCCGCUCCUCCAAUAGCUUGAGUAUCCGUUGCUCCUGCAUUGCGUUGAAUUCCAGUCAGCAUACUUUCAUGAGUCUCUCAACCCGUCAUCUCCCAACCCAUGGAGCCAUCAACAACAUCAACCAUCAACCCAUCGACAACCAUCAACAUGGAGCGGAUGGCUGAACGAUACCCCUGCUCGCUCCGCUCGCGACAAGGAGGAGAGUUUGGGCUGCUGUGUGAUGCGCAAUCCUGGCCCUCCGGCGCAAAACCCCCUGGGCCUACGGCUCAGUUUGGCUCGCUUCCGCUCGGAACCCUCAAGCAUCUCUACGCCCCGCUUAGCCCUGACUCCGGCGCAGUUGGCCUCUAUUUCCUCGUCGCAGUCAGUCGUCCCGCUCAGUUCACCUCACCUUAUCAUGGGUCACCGCGACGUUCGCCAUAUACGUCGCCAAAACCACACUCCCAAAGAUCACAAGUCCAACCUUCGUCACUGACCACGCCCACGAACGCUUUUGGCGCGGCGGUGCGAGUGAUGCAGCGGCCUGUUGGCGUGCUCUUAGGGCGGCGCUGUAUGUUUCGAUUGUGGGUGGAUGCGACUCCUGUUGGGUUGCGGGUAUUGGGGUGGUGGUGGUGUUGGGGCGGAGGGUGGGGGAUGGAUUGCGGAGGAUGCGGGAGCAGUACAUUUUGGGCUGAUUUCCAAGGAGUGAGUGAAGACACCGGAGUAGCGAGCAGGACCUGAUUGACCAGCAGCGACCUUGAUCUCCAGCGGUUGUCAAUUCCAGUCCUGACUGUCGUUGGGGCGGGUUGUGUCGAAAGCAUCGAUUUGUUUAGGACCUUCUGGCUAAGUUCUAACCC